AUGCCGCUGCCCAUCAAUCCUGCCUUGGAUUCCGAAGUUAGCCAAGAAAUUGGCCAAGUAUGGAAGCAAGUCGAGAACCGAGUCUUGCAGAUGGCGGGCGGGAAUGAAUUGAUGCUACAGAAGGAUCUUGAUAUCGAGAGCCUGAUUUCUUCGCUGAACCAAACUCAGGCAAGCAACAAGAAGGAAGCAGAGAAGUACGAUCAGGUUAGGAACGUGUUUCAAAGAACGCUGCAAUGUAUCCAGACUGUCGGAGGCAUCGUGACGACGGGUGUUUCAACGGUAUUCGCGCCAGCUAGCACUUGCUAUAAUGCACUUACGUUUGUGAUUCAAGCCUGGCAGGGCUAUGAGGGCAUUUUCGACAGUCUGACCUCUCUUCUCGAGAAAUGUAUCGAUUUUAUGAGCCGUCUCAGCAUUUACACACAAGGCGGGAUGGAUUCCAAGCUGACGAUGGUCGCCUGUUUACACCUCCAAAUCUUCGUCGAGAUAUGCGAUCGCUGUCUGAAACUGAGACAGAAGCGACAUAAGCUGGCAGCCUUUAUGAAACAACUGUUUCUCAACGACGACGGCGUCCAAGGUCUCCUGGCAAGCAUGGGCGGGCUGAUUGAUAAAGAGCGAGGGUUAGUUGCUGCUCAAACUUGGAAGUCAAGUAUUGAGGCGGCGGAGAAUUCAAGAGACGGAUUAUCGCUCACUCGCAAGAUGCAUGCUAGCCUGGUGGAGGAAAAGAAUAUGCUGAGGAAAGAGAAGGACGUCAAAGUAUGGAAGCAGAAUAUUUUAACGACUCUGAAUUGCGCUCAAGACAUCCUGGAGGAGGGCUCAACGAAGCCAUGGGAUGAGAUCUGGAAUAGAUACAAGUCGAGUAUCCUUCAGGAUACCGGCGAGUGGCUUUUCCAAGAUGCCAAGUUCACCUCAUGGCUGAACGGUAACGACAACAAAGAUCGAAUUCUAGGCCUUCAGGGUGAGGUUGGAACUGGCAAGACUCUUCUAGCUUCCAACUUUAUACUGAACACUCGAAAAGGAAAGCUGGAAGCCCCCGGAUCUUUGGGUUCUAGGGUUGCAGUCGCCCAUAACUUUAUGGAUACGGAGACGAAACCGAUAGCCGUGGAUGAUGUCAACUCAAAAGCUGUUCUCAUGUCAAGCAAUCUGGUUUGUCAGCUAGCCUUAGCUGAUGAGUCGUUGAUGAAGAGUAUUGCGUCGAGAUGCGAUCGAUCAAAAUACCUAGAAAGCCCCCAUGAGAUGUGGUCGGAGUUGUUGUUCGACAAUGAAGAUAUUCUUUCUAUGGAUGUCACAUUGUUCAUUGUCUUUGAUGGAAUAGUCGGCAGCAUUCAGCAUUUUUCUCAGAUUCUUCAAGGUUUGUUUAACAGCCCUGUCUCAGACCGAAUUCGCAUCAUGAUUACAGGAAGAGAAGACUUUUUUGACGAGCUCGAGACGGUUGGUGGUAUGAAGGUUGCGAGAAUACCACUGGCCCGAUCUAAUGAGUUAGAUAUUGAGAUCUACAUCAAAGAUAGAAUGGACCAUAUGGACAUUCUCAAGGAGAAAUCACGAAGUGUGGUGGAUGUCAGAGCCCGAAUCCUCAGAGAGCUGCCAAAGUCCACUGAGGGGGAUUACCAUAAGAUCAGGCGAGUACUGGAUAACAUAUCUAAGACGGAUGACCCCGACGAAGUCGACUUUCAGCUUGAAUCUGCACGGCGUCCGCGGCCAGAACAGAUUGAAGCGGACAUAGAGAAGCUUAACCAAUCACUGUCCAACAAAGAAAUCGCUGAGAUAAAUGAGAUGAUCCUCUGGGUCAACAAUGGCAUGUUUGUAAAGGUCGACUUGGAUCUGAUGGAGGCUGCUAUUGAGUUAGGGAUGGGAGAUUACGCUUCUCCGUCCCUAAUGUCGAUAAGAUCCAAAAUCAAGUCAAAAUACACACUUUUCCAGGUGGGAUGGAAUAACACCAUCGAGUACAAAUACCCGGACAUUGGCGCUAUGAUUCCAAAUAAAGCUCCGACCCGAGGGAGCCAGAUCCCAAAUGACGAUACCGAAGUGAGCGCCACUGAGAUCAAUAUCCUGAAGCAUUACCUCUCAACGGUAUGCCCUAAAUAUCUCUACGAGAAGGUGGGAUUUGAAGAUUUUCUCGAAUCCAAGCUCGUCGGCAAAAGUUCUCGCAUACAUCAAGACUGGGAAAACGCGCAUAUCCGUCUUGCUCUGCGUUGCAUGAAAUGCCUUAUUGAGGAGCGUAAUGAGAAGACCCAACUGUUAUAUGAGCACAGCCAGGCGUUUUUGAGUGUUCAUUUGAACGCAGCCGAUCUCUCAUUGGCGGACAGGGAGCUCAAGGCUGAAGCCGGAGUAAUGCUAGUGCGUCUAUUUACUGAGCAAUACGCAAUCGGGUCGUUGCUAGGAUUCGAAGACUUUAAACCACAGAUUAGUACCUUUUUCCGCUAUGGCGACGAGUCGUUUUCAUACUCCUGGAGAUCUUGGGUAUUCAGCCAGGAAGGAGUGGUCUGCAUCUCACGAUGGUUCAGAGACUCUGCGGUCAUUGAAAAUGUCAAACACAACCCGAUCAUUACUGCGUUCAACGACCCAGAAGCAGAUCAUCGGAUGGUGCUGCUUAAGUUGGGUAUGCUUAGAGCUGCCAAUGACCUUUUUCGGAGGGACACCGCGGAGAACGAAACUCGAAGGGCCUUCUUCUUCUUAUACUUCCUGAUCACGAAGAAAAAGCUACCACACCUUGAUGGGGAAUAUUCCGCUACAUAUGAGAUGUUUCAACUGGUUGAGAAUUGGUCACAAGCUGCCUUGGAGUACACAGAGAAAGAUGCACUCUGGGAGGCACGCGCGGUUGAUGUAAUGCAAAGCGUCACCCAGUAUCUCACACAACAAACACGGGCUGAGUGUGUCAGAAGAGCCAAGAGAGCCGUGGACCUUGAUCCAAAUUGCUGGCAAGCAUCAUAUGCGUUAUCAAGAGCCGGAGACCGCAGCGAGGAGAAUAUUAACAUUCUAAAGGACGUUGUGGAUAGGUUGAUAGCGGAUGAAGAGUGGGCGAGCCAGCCUCGAAACAAGAUCAUCCUCACCAGGAUUUUACUUGAUCUAUCGUUGAGCCUCGAUCACGGAAGGGACGAAAGAUGUGAAGAAAUCAAUCUCAGAAUUUUUGAAAUCGACAGAUCUCCGGAUGUUUUGGGCAAGAUAUGUCCCAUUUUGGAUAUAUAUAGCGAGCUUGAAAAGUGGGAUGCUAUCAUCACGUUUUAUGAGCGGCUGUUGGAGGAACCGGACAAAGAGCAAAACACCACGGGGGCCUUCCUGGCGCAUAAUAUUGGCGAAUACCCUUUGGCCGACGUUACCUUCCAAGCGGUAAAGGCAAAAAAUAGGGUUGAUCUUGUUGAGACUCUGUUUAACAAAGCCUAUGCAACUGAGCCGCCAUCACGAGAAUUGGACAAACUACGGUUCGAGCAUGGUCGAAUGCUCGUUCGGCUUGACGGCUACGAGGAGACCGGUCUUUCAAUUUGGGAAGACUGCCGACAAAUCCCACACGACAGCAUUAAUAGAUUCCGCCACGACUUGAUUAAUGUUUGGAUCAAGCUCGCUUAUCGCAAGGGGACUUCUUCUGUAGAUGCCGAGUCUUAUCACGCAAAGCUCCAAGCCUACUACGACGAGUAUGAAGCCGAUAUUGUUGGAGACCUCCAGAGCUGUGCUUCUAUGGCGCAAUACUUCUUUCGCACGGGCGAUGAGCAAAAGGCCAAGGAGCUACUCAAAGGCCAUGUUUCCGGUGCACUUGAGAUGUUGAUGGAUGAUAACCUUGACAACGACACACUAUCUCUCAAUACUCUCAGCGUCUCCUGUUGCGCCAUGGGUGAUCUACGGAACGCUCUUGUAGCUUGGGAGCUGCAAUAUAUUGCUUUCAGGGCCCAGCGACAGGAGAAUAAGCGAAGACAACUUAUCUGGAGGCAGAAACAAGUCGCCGAAAUGAAGAAGAACUCGGAUGAUAUGGAAACGCGUGCAGGUGAAUCUGCGGAAGAGGGGCAGGUUGCUGACCAUGAUGGGCUCGACUUACCAGAUUACGAUGAGAUCAACCGAAGCCAAGAUGGGACCAUCGCUUCCAAGCUUGCCGCAAAGCUCCUGGAGGAAGAAAAUGAGGACACAGAAGAUGUUUGGUGGGAUGUGGGGAGACAGCUAGCGGACGAAGAGAUCAAUCCAUUUUCCUUGCUGUCAUCUGGGCUUACAUAUUGUCACAAUUGUCGCUUUGUUAACUGGAAUAUGCAGAAUAUGUGGCUCUGUUUGACCCACGCCGGACAGCGAGUUUUCCACGAUGACUGCUACAAGAAGCUGAUGGCUGGCAACGCCCCAGCUUCCGAGUGUAGCAAGGACGAUGAAUUUUACCAAUUCCCAAUGAGGGACAGGGAACAGACUAAGUCGUUACCGAAAGGAUGUGUGUUGGUUCAAGGCGAGGUUGUCGAAUACGAAAGCUGGAAAGCUGAGAUCCGGGCCAAAUAUGUAGACUUUGAAUAG